AUGUCAGGAGCCGCGUACGACCACAACAACAUUUUCGCCAAGAUUAUCCGAGGAGAGAUACCGUGUCAUAAGAUUUUUGAGACCGAGCAUUCACUCGCAAUACUGGAUGCGUUCCCUGUGACUGAGGGGCACGCUUUGCUACUGCCGAAGGUGGAAGGAUAUGCUACGAUGGACGCCAUGCCCUCUGAGGUCGCUGCGGCUUUCCUUGCCGAUCUUCCCAAACUCGCGAGAGCCGUGAAACUGGCUACUGGUGCUGACGGUCUCAACAUCUGUCAGAACAAUGAAAAAUGCGCUGGGCAGGAGGUUCCUCAUGUUCAUGUCCAUGUGAUCCCUCGCUACACUAAUGACACGCUGGGCAUCAAGUUCCCUGCUAGUGCAAAGGAGAUGAUUACUCCUGAGGAAGCCAAGCAAGUACUGAGGGAUGUGAAGCCUCUGGGCGGUAUGGGUAUGAAUUUGUGA